AUGGCUGCUACUGAGUCGGCUUUAACGACUUCGCCUUCAACGUCUACUGAUUCCUCUGGAAUAUACUAUCUCCAUCCUUCCGAUAAUCCAGGAGCUUUAAUAACAUCAGUUCUUCUUCGUGGCGACAAUUACACAGAGUGGGCAACAGAGCUCUCCAACUCCAUACAAGCCAAACGGAAACUAGGUUUCAUUAAUGGAACCAUCCCAAAACCUGCGUCAGAACCAGACCUAUCGAAGUGGCUUGCUACGAAUUCUAUGCUGGUUGGUUGGAUCCGUACUGCUAUAGAUCCAAAGAUCAGAUCGACAUUCACGUUUGUACCUGAUGCACAUAAGCUGUGGGAGAACCUUCAGCGUCGUUUCUCUGUCAAGAACGGAGUGCGUAUACACCAGCUACGUGAUGAGAUCAAUACUUGUCAGAAGGAUGGCCAAACCGUUAUUGAAUAUUUUGGUCGAUUGUCUAAGUUAUGGGAGGAACUGGAUCAUCUUAAAACUCCACGAGCCUGUUCGUGUGAAGCUUCUACAGACAUUGAGAAAGAACGGGAGGAGAUACGUGUUCACAAGUUUUUGUUUGGGCUCGACGAGUCCCGAUUCCGCAACAUCAGAUCACAGAUAAUUGAUGAGGAUCCACUACCGGAUAUCAAUAAUGUUUACUCCAGAGUCAUAAGAGAGGAGCAACACAAUAAUACAGCAAGGUCUAAGGAGACAAAGACAGAUGCGAUUGGUUUUUCUGUUCAAACAGAGACUCCAAAGUCUGAUUCUACUCAGCUUGCAGCGGUCACCACACGUUUCCGAGACCCAAAUAGGAUGUGCUCCCACUGUUCUAAGAAAGGUCAUGACAAUACCGAGUGUUUCCAGCUUCAUGGUUAUCCGGAGUGGUGGUACGAGCAGAAGAAUAAUGCCUCUGCAACAGGCUCUACGUAUGGAUCAUCUCAGAGAGGUAGAGGAGGACGUUUCUCUAACAACAGUAACAGAGGACGUGGGCGGUCCAACUCUGCUCGUGCAGUAUCACACAACACCACUACGACCAAUGCCAACAACGAUCCAAUAGGACAGAUCACUCAGCUCCUUCAGCUUCUUCAAAACUCCAAGUCGACCAUCUCAACAGAGAAAUUGUCUGGUAAACCAACAUUAAAAGAUGUUAUCAUUGAUACAGGGGCUUCCCACCAUAUGACUGGAGAUUUAUCUAUUCUUACUGACCUCAUUGACAUUAUUCCCUCUUCGGUUAAAUUCCCUAAUGGUCGUUACUCACAGGCGACUAAAAAGGGCACUCUGGUUUUGAGUGAACAUUAUUAUUUGAAAGAUGUCCUUUAUGUGCCAGAAUUUACUUGCACACUGAUCUCGGUUUCCAGAUUACUCAAACAAACUGGUUGCAUUGCCAUCUUUACUGAUACAUUAUGUGUGUUGCAUGACCGUUUUACGAAGACCCAGAUUGGAACGGGUGAAGAACGUGAGGGGGUCUACUAUUUUACAGGAGUGAUACACUAA